GCAGAGCUGCCCCCCAACUGCAAGCUUUUCAGCUCCUCCCCAUGGAACAUCACAGCAAGGAUACAACCCGUAUCGCCAUACCUCCUUGAGCAGUAGAGCUAACCCUUACAUAACUCCACCCCAGCUGCAGCAGAUGCCAAGUCAGUCAGUUCAGCCACCACCAUCUGUACCGCCUGUCCACAUGUAUCAGACACCUCCGGGGUCAUUAUCACCGUUUUCUCCGUCACAGUCAGUACUGCCGUCAGCCUCCCAACCUCUACAAACUUCGAGACCUGCAGGUCCCUUGGUACAGGCGCCACCUGUUUUACUGCAGAACCAGUAUGAACCAGUUCAGCCCCAUUGGUUUUACUGCAGGGAAGUGGAAAACAAACAGAUAUGGAUGCCAUUCAGUGUUUUAGAUUCUGUAAAGCUGGAGGAAGUCUAUAACUCUGUCCAACCAGAUCCUGAGAGUGUUAUUUUGAGCACGGAUGGGGGGCGCUAUGAUGUAUACCUGUAUGACAGAAUGAGGAAAGCUGUGUAUUGGGAAGAAGAGCCUUCAGAAGUGAGACGAUGUACGUGGUUUUAUAAAGGAGACAAAGAUAGCAGAUUCGUUCCAUAUGAGGAAGACUUCAGUGAGAAGCUAGAGGCAGAAUAUAAAAAAGCGCUAACUACGAAUCAGUGGCACCGGCGACUUGAAUUUCCUAACGGGGAAAUGAUUAUUAUGCACAAUCCUAAGGUAAUAGUUCAGUUCCAACCUUCCUUGAUACCAGAUGAGUGGGGGACCACGCAAGAUGGUCAGACAAGACCAAGGGUGGUAAAACGUGGCAUUGAUGAUGAUCAUGAUGAAAUUCCUGAUGGAGAGAUGUCUCAGAUUGACCAUUUAGUGUUUAUGGUUCAUGGGAUAGGUCCUGUGUGUGAUUUAAGAUUUAGAAGCAUUGUUGAAUGUGUUGAUGACUUCAGGACAGUAUCUCUGAAGCUUUUGCAGACCCAUUUUAAGAAGCCUGUAGAGGAAUUUAAAGUGAGCAGAGUUGAAUUUCUCCCAGUUCACUGGCAUAGUGCUCUACAUGGGGAUGCGACAGGUGUAGACAGGAAUAUUAAGAAAAUCACUUUGCCAAGCAUUGGACGUCUGCGCCACUUCACCAAUGAGACCUUGCUUGAUAUACUGUUUUACAACAGCCCCACCUACUGUCAGACAAUUGUGGAUAAAGUUGGAAUGGAAAUGAAUCACCUGUAUUCACUUUUCAUGAGUCGCAACCCAGAUUUUAAAGGCGGAGUCUCUGUUGCUGGGCACAGUUUAGGUUCUUUAAUUCUGUUUGACAUACUGUCCAACCAGAAAGACUUGGCUUCAUCAGGAAGCUCUGGCUAUCUCUCUGCUGUAAAUGGGGUUGUGAAAGAUGUUGCUAUUUCUGAUAAGCAGAUAACAGAAGAUACCAGUUCAUUGGGUACUUCAGUUACUCCCUCUAGUGAUGAGUCCUAUGAACCGAGCAUGGAUGAUGAAGUUCCAACCUUGCAGAAGACUCUGGAAAUGCUCAGUCUUACCGAAUACAUCAGUAUAUUUGAAAAAGAGAGAAUUGAUAUGGAAUCUCUGCUGAUGUGUACAGUUGAUGACCUGAAGGAAAUGGAAAUACCUCUUGGACCAAGAAAGAAAAUUGCUAAUUUUGUAAAAGACAGAGCAGCUGAACAGGAACAGAAAAAGGCAAUAACAGAAAAAAAAGCAAUGAUGCAAGCUCAAGAAACUGCUCAGAAGGCAAAAGAAGCAGUUUCUUCGGUCUCCUCUAUAGAACGUGGUAGACUACAGGAGCAGUCAAAGAGAAAGCUUCCUGUGGGUGCCUCUGUUUCUUCUGUGAGCAUUGAAUAUGAGUAUUUUGAAGUUGGUACUGGCCAGGUUUCCGUGGUUCACAGUACUCUAGAUUUCGAACCAGAAAUUUUCUUUGCCCUUGGUUCUCCAAUUGGUGUGUUCCUCACUGUGCGAGGAGUAGAGAAGAUUGAUGAAAACUACAGACUUCCUACCUGCAAGGGAUUCUUCAAUAUUUACCAUCCACUUGACCCAGUAGCUUACAGGUUAGAACCUAUGAUUAUUCCACACUUGGAUGUAAAACCAGUUCUCAUUCCACAUCACAAAGGCAGAAAAAGACUUCAUCUUGAGCUGAAAGACUCUCUUUCUCGAAUGGGAGCUGAUCUGAAACAAGGCUUUAUCAGUUCAUUGAAGAGUGCCUGGCAGACACUUAAUGAUUUUGCUCGUGCUCACACCUCCUCAACUCAGCUGCAGGCAGAACUGGAGAAAGUAGCUAAUCAGAUUAAAGAAGAAGAAGAAAAACAAGUGGUAGAAGUUGAAAAGAUCACUGAAAGUCCAGAUCUUUUGAAGGAUGAGGAUUUAUCUGUGAAGGUUGGAAUGCUAAAUGGAGGACGCCGUAUUGAUUAUGUUUUGCAAGAAAAACCAAUAGAAAGCUUCAAUGAAUACCUUUUUGCUCUACAGAGUCACCUGUGUUAUUGGGAAUCUGAAGAUACUGCCUUGCUGCUUCUCAAAGAGAUAUACAGAACUAUGAACAUCAGUCCUGAACAGCCACAACACUGAUUUGAUCUGCUGUCAGUGUUGCGGCUGACCUGCUGAAAAACCGAUUUGAAGAACUCCCAGUAUUUCCCUAGUCACAGAUGAUGGGGCAGGAAUCAGACUGUCAACGGCAGCCUCUUCUGUCAGCCCAGAGCUCUUGGAUUUGGAUUACUGCCUCCUUGUUUCACUUCAAGAAAAUUGAGAACGUUGAAAAGCUCAGCACCACUGUUUGGUCCACGUAAUUGGAAUGACACUAUUUCAACCUUUGUAAAUCAGCUUAAUUGUACACUUGCCAAAUAUAAGUGACCAGUGAAGCAUAUUUGUGGCAUGCAAACUAUUAUUUCUGCCCCUCCGUCUCGGCUGUUUCAUUUGGCUAUCAGACAUCUAGUGUCCAUCAAGGCCGUAUGUUCUGAAUUAAAGUAAGGACUUGUUGAGAAAUGGGAAUAAUCUGCUUUUCUUAAAACAACUGUUGUUCCAUCUUUUAAAAACAAAAUGUGAAUUUUAGUCAUAAGCUGCUUUAGUACAAAUGACAUCUAGCUGUUUGUAUUUACUAAGACAAGUGACCAGAACCAAUUUCUUACUACUGUAAGCUUAAUACUGAGAUUUUAUAAAACCUUUUCAAGCCUCUGUUGAAGGAGUUUUCUUCUGAUAGAGGUAAAAUGACUUUUUGCUGUAGAAAAUGCCAGAAGUUUGUUGCAGUUGGUUCAGCCUUUAUAUAACUUGUUAUGUAAAUGAUUCAGGGAACAAAGAUAUCAAAUAUCAUUUCAAUUUAGUAAUUAUGUAGAUUUUAGUGUGGCUUAGUGGCUACUGCCUUGUGAGAAAAUGUAGAUGAAUGUAGAGACUGUUUGAAGCUUGUGAGAGCAAAAUCCAACAGGCAGAGUCAAGACCUAUGACCCGCGCUCCGUUUUCAUCUACUGAAAUCAGUGGGAGUUGGAUGGGAUGAGGUUUUAUAGAUUUGUUUCUCUGUGACCACUGUAACUUCCUUCUGGCUUCAACUUUUAAUGCAAGUUGUUUCUCAUUUUCUUAAUAGUAAGUACCUAUAACCCUAAUGCAGCCAAAAUUUGCUUCUGUUGCUACAGUAGGUGCAUUUUGCUAAUGGUUACAUAGUGGAUUCUCAUGGAACACAGUUGUUUGUUUGGCUUUUUUAAAGUAUAUGUAUAAUACACAUUUUUGUGUAUAUAUUUUUGGUUAGUAUAAUUAAAAUACUCUAAUGUCAGUUGAUCUUUACAGCAAGGUUUUGUACAUCUCCCAUUGGUGAUUUAAUUUGUAUUCUGACUAUUUGGAUGCUCGUGGUGUCACUUCCUCAUUCUGAACAUUUGGUUCAAUGUUUACUGCAGUAAAGUUUUCCUUCCACUUUAUUUUCACUUAACCAAAAAAUAUCACCAGAAACUGAGAGCGGAGCCUUUUGCCUGAUGGUACAACACAUGGAAAAACCCAAGCCCGUCAGUAUUAAACAAAGUUUCUCAACAGCUUUCAGAUCCUUACAAAUGGUAUUCAGGUCACGUUACCACUAGUACAGGAUAAAAUACCAAAGCAUAUAAGAUGUAAAGGUUUCUGAGAAUCUUCAGCUGUGUUGAAUGUGUGCAGUGUGCUGAAGUGAAUACGUAAAGGCAAACCAAAUAAAUUUAAUGGGAAAAAAAACUCUAGAGAAUAUUGCAUAUGACUUCUACUUUUAUACUAAAGCCACAUUCUAAUGGGAAUUCAGCUUGCUUUUUGAUUUUGUUCAUUAUUAUGAAAGGAAAUAACUGCUUCAUUUGUUAACAGUAAUAAUUUUUCUGUUGUAUGUUACUUGCAUAUUUUAAAGCUAAUAACAGUUUCUAAUUCCAAAGAAUUUGUACUUAUUUCUUUUUACCUCCCUAGACUUAAUAAAAAGACAAGGUAAGCAACUAUUUGGAGUGGGAGGGGACAUUUUUGAGAACAUAAUCUCCAUCAGUUGAAAAUGUGUGUUGUGUUGUAAACAUUGACUUUAAAAAUUGCAAGUUAUUUGACCCCUGUAUGUACCAACUUAUUUCUGCUUACUAGAGUAACAAACUUCCUGAUUUUUUUUUUAAUCCCAUUGGCUUUAUUGAAAUAACAAGCUGGAUUUGGUCCCAUUCGUAACCGGCCAGAACUUAAUACAGGUUUCCUUGCUUUAUGCUUUAUCGGUUCUGGAUGUGCAAAUUCACGCUUAUGCAAUAACCCUUUUAAUAGAAAAAUUUGGUUAUAUUCAAGGUAAAUUCAUUCUUAUGCAGUUGGUGUGGUAGAAGCCCACAGUCAGCUGCUUUGUGUGGUGCAUUGUAGGAGUGAUGCCAUAGGCUGAGUCAGGUGGUGUUGCCCGGGCCAGGCUACAGCGUCGGUCCCUGCAGCCCAGUGUGGUGCCCUGGGAGCCGGGAGCCGUGAAGCUGCCUGGCAGCAGCGUUUGCGGCCACCGCUCGGGGCAGCUGGUGCUUGUGCUUCUGGAGCUGCAGCUGCCCCAGGAGUGGCAUGAUGCCAUGUGUGUCCCGCCACUGGGCGGGCAGGGGGCGCAGCACAGCCCAGCAGCACUGCUUCCAGGGCAGCUGCAGCUGGGUGCAAAGUGCAGCGCGCAGCAGCAGCAGCUGCCUCUGCCUGGCUGUGAUCCCAGCUGUGUGCACACCCAUCACUACCCCUCCUGCAGCUGCCCGGAGUCUGCGGUCCCGUGUUUGCGGGGGCUGAACCCCCUUAGUCCCAGCCACCCUGCGCUUGUGUAUACUGUCUGCUGUUGGUGAGUACCAAAAUUGUCUUGUAAAAAUGGUAGAAAUUGGUCUGGGGGUCAGUACAACUGAGGUCUAUUUGUUACAUUGUAAAGUGGAUUCCCUUUAUGUGAGUUUGAGUUAUGUGCCAUUUUCUAGGAACGCUUGUACAGCAUAAAGCGAGGGAAACCUGUAUAGCAGUGCUGUUGGUGAGGCACAACUGUGCAAAACCUGUUGGAGGUAGUGGGACAUCUUUUGACCAGAAUUUUUAAUUGCCCAUGAACAAGUCUUUUAUUACUCCUGUCUUCAGAGCAGGCAACUAGAAGAAGAAAUCUUUUAAGUAGAUGCUAACUGGUAAAGAUGCUGUCUAGAAGCAAUUGAAUCAAUAAAUAUGAUAUCCCACAGUGCCAGUCCAGAAUACCAUUUAAGCCUGUAGAGCACUAGAAAAUGCGUUAUAGGAGAUAGUGUUCAAGCAAGAGAAUGCAUUUAACUUCUGUGCUAUUUUUGCACUUGGUAAUUCUUGAUUUUUAGCUCCGUAGGCUGUAUGUUUUUGAGGCAGGUUUUUUGGGGUUGUUGGGUAGGUGUGUGCGCAUACAUUUUGAAAGCUAAGACUUUGGUGCCUACAUUGAACGUUUAGGUGCCACUGAGAAACUCCAAACGCUUUCCCAAUGGUAGUCUAACCUCUAAGGACUUUAGGUGUCUAAAGUGUCUGCUGGUGGGCAUUUGUUAAACUGUUGAAGUCUUGCAUAAGCUGGGCAUGUGUAACCUCUGUAUACAUUGAAUAUAAUGGGAUGGAGCAGGGGCCUAUCCAGAGGGCAUAUGGUAGCACAGUGACACCUCCCUUUCAGACCAUCCAUGAACUUCCAUCCCCAACCUGCCUUCUCCUCCAUGUUCAGAAGCAUCUCUUGUCUUCUUCCAUUCCUUCAUCUUCCAGAGUAGUUGCUUGUCCCCAUCUGAUCGCGCGGGGCGGCGGGGCGUGUUGCAGCCAGGCCUCACGAGAAGCUGGUUUAGUUAGGGACAUUAAUGGUGGUGGUGGCAGUGGGUGC